ACCCUCCGCUGUACCCUCAACGCAGAUCGGCCCAUCGCCCAUGGCCGCCCCGCUGCGUCCCGUGCCGCCGCAGCCCGCCCCGCGCCGCCCGGCGUCCGCAGCUCCACUGGGUCGUGACACGAGUGACGUCCUGCAGCAGAUCAUGGCCAUCACCGACCAGAGCUUGGACGAGGCUCAGGCCAGAAAGCAUGCCUUGAACUGCCAUCGGAUGAAGUCUGCUCUCUUCAGCGUGCUCUGCGAGAUCAAGGGGAAGACAGUUAUGAGCAUCCGGCAGCAUCAGGAGGAGGACCCUCCCGACGCUCAGCUCCUGAGGCUGGAUAGCAUGCUGCUGGCUGAGGGUGUGUCCAGGCCAGAGAAGAGAGGACUAGGAGCAGCAGCAGGCACCACAGCAACACCAGGUGGCUGUCCAAAUGACAAUAGCAUUGAGCACUCAGACUACAGGGCCAAGCUGUCCCAGAUCCGACAGAUUUACCACUCUGAGCUAGAGAAGUAUGAACAGGCCUGUCGUGAGUUCACCACACAUGUCACCAAUCUUCUCCGGGAACAGAGUAGGGUGAGGCCUGUGUCCUCCAGGGAGAUGGAGCGCAUGGUGGACAUCAUCCAUGGCAAGUUCAGUGCCAUCCAGAGACAGCUGAAGCAGAGCACUUGUGAGGUGGUCAUGACCCUGCGCUCACGGCUCCUGGAUGCCAGGCGGAAGCGGCGGAAUUUCAGCAAGCAUGCCACCGAAGUGCUGAACGAGUAUUUCUAUUCCCAUUUGAGCAAUCCUUAUCCCAGUGAAGAGACCAAAGAAGAACUGGCCAGGAAAGGUGGUAUCACAGUGUCCCAGGUCUCUAACUGGUUCGGCAACAAAAGGAUCCGGUACAAAAAGAACACAGGGAAGUUCCAGGAAGAGGCCACCAUGUACACUGAGAAAACAUCUACAGCCACCAAGGUCCAGGGCUCAGGGGCUCAGACCAGCUGCCAGUCCACACCCAGCCCAGGUUCCUGUGGCCCCUUCCCCCUGACCAGUGGAGGUGACAUGGUUCUCACCCUUCAGACCCUGACCUUCCUCCAGCCCCCACCUGGAGGAAUCUGCCUCCAGCCCCUGGUCUAUAGCACCACCUCACAUCCAACCUCAUCACCUUCUGGAGACCCUGGCAGCUUUAAUUCAGAUGUGUCUAACUAAGUUUUGGGGACCUGGUUGAGUGUCCUGUGUCCUGCCAAUUACCUCAGGAACCCGGCUGUGGUGAUGUUCUUUUCCUGGCCACUUACUCACCUGCCUUGGAAUGAUUUUUAAACAACAGAUUGUUGGUUGACAGUGGAUUGUUCACCUAAGGCUUUGUUCUGAGCACCUAUUAAAGUUUUUGACUUUUCUGCA